AUGAACCGAAAUUUUAUUUUUGUCUUCAUUUUAUUAGCUACAUUUUCCAUGGUCAAUGCCAUUCCACACCAACUUCGUAAAGGAAAAAUUGAAUUUCAUUCAUGCAUGUCAAAAACUGAUAUUAUCGAUGUAACCGUCAAACCUGACCCUAUUGUUUCUGAAUACCCUGCGAAUUAUACUGUUUCCGGUAAAUUAAGUCAUGCUAUAAUCGCAGAUAAAACUACAUUUGGGGUUACAUAUUUUAUUGCGGAUGGCAUUGUUCGCUUAGGUGACCCUUAUAAGCAGUAUUUUGAUAAGUCAUAUAAAGCAGGAAAAAAAUUUACUAUUUCAGCAGAAGAUGUUCCAACACCUUUACUUUCUAAAGUAUACCAAAUUUACGUUAAUAUUUGGGAUGAAGAAAUUGGAACAAUUGCCUGUGUAUUUACUAAAGUCAAUCGCUGA